CCGCCUGGAGGCGAGCUGUUCUCUUAGUUAAAUUCAAAAGUUUGUUUGCAGAGAUUAACUCCGUGACUGUAACGAGAAAGGUGAACUAAAGACCAGCAACAACCGAAUAACGUCGAUAACGGAACUUCCACGGUGCUGCACGAGCCUGACCCGUGCGUUUCAGAAGUUUGAGUUGCAGCAAAUCAGGAGCUAUCACUCAAAACAACGUGUUCCCUCACACACCGGGAGCCAGACACUGAGAAGGGGACAGGCGGAUGAACCCUGUAGCCGGAAGGUUCGUGUGUUUCCCGCGAUGAAGAUCCAGUUCGCUCCGUUGAACAUCCCGCUGCGGAGGAGACUCCAGACAGCCGCGGUGCUGCAGUGGGUCUUCUCUUUCCUUGUGCUAGCCCAGUGUUGUCUAGCAGGGUAUGUGUUGCUGUGUGUCUCUGACUGGUGGGUUCUGGCGGUGCUGUAUGCUGGUUGGCUGUAUCUUGACAGGGACACACCCACCAGCGGGGGUCGGAGGUCAGAGUGGCUUCGGAACUGCAGCGUCUGGAAACACUUCAGAGACUACUUCCCUCUCAAUCUCAUAAAGACGGUGGAUCUGGACCCUGAUUCUAACUACAUCUUUGGGUUCCACCCCCAUGGUGUUCUGGUGGCGGGGGGUUUUGGGAAUUUCUGUACGGAGGCGUCAGGAUUCUCCUCGCUGUUCCCUGGGCUGACCCCCUACCUCCUGAUGCUGCCCUUCUGGUUCAGAGUACCCUUCUUCAGGGACUACAUCAUGUGUGGAGGUCUGGUAUCCAGUGAGAAAGCCAGUCUGUCCUUCCUGGUCUCCGCUCCUAGAGGAGGUAAUGUGGCGGUGGUGGCUGUAGGGGGCGCUCCAGAGUCUCUAGACGCCCGGCCAGGAGCUCUCACCCUUCAGGUUCUACACCGCAAGGGAUUCAUCAAACUGGCACUCAAACACGGGGCCCAGUUAGUCCCUGUGUUCUCCUUCGGGGAAAACGAGCUGUUUGAUCAGAUGACCAACCCUGCCGGCUCGCCGCUCCGCUGGCUCCAGGACCACUUGCAAAGGCUCAUGGGAGUGGCGCUGCCGAUGUUCACCGGACGAGGAGUGUUCCAAUACAGCUUCGGUCUACUGCCCUACAGACAGCCCAUACACACUGUUGUGGGUAGGCCUAUUCCAGUGGUCCAGACCCCCUCUCCCACUAAGGAUGAUAUAGACCGGCUCCAUUCUCUCUACCUGGAGGGACUCACUGCUGUGUUUGAAGACAACAAGGACAACUACGGCAUUGCACCAGACAAACACCUCCACUUCAUCUAGACACUUGUGUGUGCGUGGAGAGUUGUCCACACCUAUAAUCAGUAGGAAAAUAAGCUUUACAGAUGAACCCAAAGAUGACCUUCUAGGUCAGAGUUCUAGCUGAAGGUUAGGAUUCUGUAGGAUCCUGUGGGGUUCUAUAGAGUUAUGUAUGGUUCUAGAGGGUCGUGUAGUGUUAUGUAGGCUUCUAUAGUUAUGUAUGAUUCUAGAGGGUUAUGUCGGGUUCUAGAGGGUUCUGUGGGGUUCUGUCGGGUCUUGUAGAGUUCUGUAGAGUCCUGUAGAAUUAUUUAAGAUUCUGUGGAAUUCUGUAGAUUUUUGUAUGGUUCUAUAAAGUCCGGGUGAGUCCUGUAGAGUUCUGUAGGAUUCUAAGUAUGUAUGUUAGCUGUGGUCUGGUGGUCCUGUAGAGUUCUAGAGGGUUCUGCUGUGGUCCUGUAUGUUAGCUGUAGCUGGGUUCUGGUGGUCCACCAUAGUAGCAACAUUCUACUUAAAGCAGUUUAGGGUUAGGGUCAUUAUUAACACAAUACUCAUUAUUAAAACAAAAGAGAUCAGACUAAUAAAGGAAAUAGAGGAAAUAACAGAGCAGGUAGAUCGUCAUGGAAACUGGACUAUAGAGGCACAUAAUAGGUUAGAGGAAAAACAAAAGGAAUUGGAGGAACUUAUUCAAGAAGUCUAAUUUAUUACCAAAAUAAAGCGAAUUGGAUGGAAAAUUGUGAAAGAUAAAUGCAGUGUUUCUUGAGUCUUCAACAUAGAAAUGCUACCAAAAACAAUUUACAGAAACUCGUUAUAAAUGACGGAGUCAUCCAUGAUUCAACAAAUUAUAUUUUGAAAGGGGAAGCAAAAUAUUUUAAGCAUGUUUUCUUUUCAGUCUCCUCCAUCUCCACUGAAUGAUGUUAACUGUAAGGAUUUAUUUCCUAAUAAUAAUAAUAAUGUACAUUUUAACAAAUGUACAGAAAAACCUGUGUGAAGGCCAACUUACAGAGGAGGAACUUCUUGAACCAAUUAAAUGCUUUGUCUGGAAAAACA